AUGACGCUGUACCUGGGCUACGAUCGCCACAUCCGGUGCCUUCAAAACGGCUUCUUGGAAUUCGAUCUUCAGAAUCGCACGGCGGUGAUCUGGGAUGGCGGUAACAAAACUUUCACUCUGACCAACGUGAAGCAGUUCGGCCAGUCGGUGAUAUCCGUCCUCAAAAAUCCCAGGGAGACUAACAAGCAGGACCUUUAUGGCGCUUCCGAGGAGACCACCCAGAAAGAAAUUGUCGCGGCUCUAGAGAAGGUGACUGGUGCUCGGUGGACUAUCAAUGAUACCACCACGGGUGAGCAGGUUAGUGCCGCUGUCAAGAAGCUCAACGCCGGUGAUUUCACCGACGCCCUCGCCCUGGUCCGGGCCACCUGUUUUAGAAACACGCCUGACCUCCGUGCAAAUUAUGUCAAGGAGGAGAAGCUUGCGAACGAUGCGCUGGGGCAGCAGAUGGAAAGUGUCGAGGAUACCAUCAGGCGCAUUAUACAGUAG